GCAGCGCCGUUCUCCGUGGUGGCGACUUCGAUGCGGACGCCGUCAGACGAUGCAGAGAGCGGCAGGCAGAUUGCUGCUACAUCUUCCUUCGUGUGCACCUAGCUGUGUAAAAAAUGGCUCGGGGAAGUACUUGGAUGACAGAUUAUGCUGAAGAUGUGCUAGCAUGGAUGCACACCAAGGAACUCCAACAUAUGGCUUACAAUGGGAAUUCUCCACAGCUGGCAAUGCGAGGAGCUCUGGUAGAAUUUUUACGUAUAGUCAGUGAGCGCUUGAAAUUAAGUGUAGCAACAACUCAUCUGUCAGUAUACCUUCUUGAUAGAUUUAUGGAUGCACAUCACAUAUCUGACAACCAGUUACGUCUUACUGCCCUCACUGCUAUACUGUUGGCAGCAAAAUUUGAAGAGAAGGAUAUGAAUGUGCCAAGAAUUCCAGAGUUGAAUGCAUUUGCCAACAGCAGAUAUAGCAUAGCUAUCUUUAACUCAAUGGAAGCAUUUAUGUUGACAUUUUUUAACUGGAGCAUAGGAACAGUUACGGUUGCCCACUUUGCUGAAUUUUAUUUAAUGCGUGGAGUGACUGCUGGUGAUACAAUGGAAGGAGCCACACUUGCUGAACCUGCUCUGGCAAGACAGUCACUUUGGAAGGCAACUGCUCAUUUUCUGGAUAUAUCCCUGCAAGACCAGGUUUUCCUUCAGUGGCGUUGCUCGCAGGUGGCAGCUGCUUGUGUUGCAUGCGGUCGCUUGUGCUGCCAUUUGCUACCAACAUGGCCAGUAUCUCUCCAAGCAACAACUGGUUACCACCUACAGUCCCUCUCACAGCUUAUGGAUCUCUUGUUUAGGUUGUACGAGAGUGAAGACAAAGCUAGUGUUUGCAGCACUCCUGAUUCAGGGUAUGGCAGUCGAUGCUCCAGUGUCCAAGGUUCACCUGUUUCUCAUAGAUUAGGGGAAGUAUAGGUAAAAAGCAUUCGAUACCUUUCCACUACAGACCGAAGUGGACAAAACGUUCAAAAGAAAAAAGAAAAGAUUUACAUGUGCCUUUAUGAACCAAUGAUUUAUUGCAUGUUCCUUACACCAUUUCAUGCACUUGAAGUCACUGAUAUACUUUGUUUAUGUUUAUGGUGUCUGGAUCAUGGCUAACUCGAGAUUAGGGUUGUUUAUUGUACUUCAAAAAAGGAAUCUAUUAUUUUUAGGUGGAAGGCACAUAACUGUUGGAUAUAGUUUCCUCCUUUCUGUGAUAUUCUUGUUGCUGCCAGAAAUUUUGGUAGCUAAAUUUUGCAAUAUUGCUUUGCUAAUUUUGAUGUGUUAAAAAAGGAACUACCCAUUUCUAUGAUAUCUGAUUAUAGUUAAGGUAUAAUAUAUAAUGGAUCAGUCUUAAGUUAUUGGGUGUGGAGCAUGUGUUUGAAGUAUGAGAAAGUUGUGAUCUGCUUUAAAGCAUUUGAUUCCGUUUCUGUUUUUUAACCAAACAUUUGUCCUCUGGCUGCUUUACUGCUGGGACUUUUUGGUGCUAAAUAUGACUAUUGUAGAAGUCAAAGUAUUGUGGAGAGAAUGUAAAUAUUUACAUCCAAAUUUAAAUAUUCCAGUUGUGUUUCUUUUUUUGUAUCCAUGAUUCUUUAAUGUAUUAAACAGUUAUGUAUGGAAAUUAUACUCACCAAUUGUAAUCAAUUUAGGGUAAAAAUAUACCCCAAUUUAUAUUGUACAAGGUGAUGAUAAUUAUAAAAAUAGUCAAAAUGGAAUACCUCAGUCAAGUUCAAAUUUGCACUCCUCCUAUGUCAGUUCAUAAAAAUUCCAUUAUUUUAACCAUAAGAUGAAAUUUCCCAGUGCAGGAUGUCUGGAGUCAGUUUGAUUUCUUUGCAUAUGAAACUGGUGAGUAUUCAGAAUUAAUCCAUACAUAUUUGCUUAGUUUUAUAGGUACAAAUGUAAAUUAUUUUAUUACACUGCUACUUCUAAUGGGAACAGAUAAGGUGUCUGAUGGUAGUAUUGGUAGAAUUGGUGCUAUUUGCAAUUAUGUGUUGUGCAUUAGCAAGACACAUAACUUCGGAACAUCAAAGGUAGAUUUGGAACUACUUUAAUUUUCCUUGUGCAUAUCGUUCUUGAUAUUCAUCAGCUACAGCAAGUGAUUACUGUCUGUGAUAUGUAUUUAACGGAUUUUUGCUUUGUGUUGAUUGGUAUUAGUAUUAGAAGUUGCACAAUAAGUUUACCAUAAUUUUGUUAGGGUUACUUUUCAUUAUCCAAUGUAAAUAAAAGUUAAAAUUUCUUUCUGUGUUCUAGUCAAAGUUCUAGUAAGAGUAUUUUUUGUUUAACAGAUGUUUUGCUUUUCUGUGAUACACAUUUUGUUUCUUUGUUGUGUAAUUGUAUGACUAUGGCUCAGAUGAGCCUUUCAGUAAAUGUUUUCAUUAUG